AUGGUAAUGAGCAGGAACACGAGGGGGAAAGGGUUUCUCCCACGCGCGGAACGGCGGGACAAGGGGGCAGUGAGAAAGAGAGGCCCGGUCACGUCGGAUCGCGAAGUUCCACAAAGUGCUUGUAAGAAACUGAAAGAAGACUUUGACACUCAACUAGCCACUCUUCGGUCCGCGCUUCAUGAAGACCAGCGUAGCCCCAGCAAUCAAUUUGAAGAAAUCGUUAACGAAGUAAUGGAAAGGCAAAAUCGAAAACAAAACUUAAUCAUAUUUGGUGUUGAAGAGCAACCACAGAUUUCUACUAAUAAUAAUAAUCAGCGUUCUGCAAUAGAUAAGUCUGCCGUUGAAAAUAUUUUACAAUUAGUCCGGCCUGAUGCUGAUGUUUCUGGUAUUAAGAUUCAACGUUUGGGUCGCUUUUCUCAACAAAAUCCCGGUAAUAAACCUAGACCCAUAAGAGUUAUCUUGAAUGAUGAAUUCGAGGUUCAAAAAUUUAUUCGUAAUGCCAAGGUACUGAAAAGCAACGUAAACUAUAACAAUAUUACUCUGUCCUUCGAUCGCACUCCUAAGCAAAACGCAUCCUACAGACAAGUCAAAGAACAACUUGGCAUUAGAAUAAGCAACGGGGAAACAAAUCUGAGAAUAAAAUAUAUAAAUGGCUCACCCAAAAUUGUCUCGAAUGUUCGGGGCUUAAGAUCCAAAAUAUCUAACUUUUACAAUUCUGUUUCUGAAUUAAUCAAUGUUGAUAUAAUAGCGUUAACUGAAACUUGGUUGGCCAGUGAUAUUAGUAACACUGAAUUUCUUCCUCAUGAUUUUGUUGUUUAUCGGAAAGACAGGGAUCUACAAGCGAUGGGCGUCUCUCGAGGAGGUGGGGUACUUUUAGGUAUUAAUAAUACAUUGAAAUCAUCUGCUCUGGAUCUUUCUUAUUUAGGGGAUAUUGUUCCGACUAUAGAUGUUGUAGGAGUUAAAUUGUUCAGUGUUAAGCAGGAAUUAAUUCUUAUUGUCCUUUACGUACCUCCUCAGGUAUCAGUACAUGAAUUUCAACUAUUUCUUGAAGCCCUAAGUAGAAUAGACAUUCAAGAAAAUAAUAAAAUUUUGAUUUGUGGUGACUUUAACAUUCCGGAUUUCACCUUGGGUAAAAUAAACCAAUUCACUCUAUCUCUUAAUAAUUUCCAAUCUUUCCUUAAUUUAGAGCAGCAUAAUAAUGUGCAAAAUAAAUAUCACCAUAUUCUAGACUUAGUUUUCUCUAAUAUCGAGUGUAAGGUAGAGGCUUCUGAUUUCAAUUUCGUCGAUGAUGAUGUUCACCAUCCUUCUCUUUGUAUAGUUAUAAAAUCUGUAAUCCCCCUUGAUCAAUCUUUCCCUAUAAAUAAUCUAGAACAAUAUGACUUUAGAAAGGCAAACUUUCCAGUUCUUUAUGAUAUGCUUUACUCUUGCAACUGGGAUUUCCUAGAUACCGAUGGUAGCGUUGAUGAAAUUUGUUCUCUUUUUUAUGCCAAACUCCAUGAAAUUUUUGAUCUUGCUGUUCCUAAAUUUAAAAUCAAAUUGAGUACUAACCGUCGACAAUAUCCUCCCUGGUUUAAUCAGGAAAUAAGAAAUGCUAUACGCACUAAAUACUCAUUGCACAAACUGUAUAAAAAAUAUAAAACUGCUCAUUACUAUAAUUUAUUUAAAUUCCAUCGUUCCAAAUGUAAAGUGCUUAUUCAAAAUGCUUAUAGAAUGUACAUGCGUAAGAUUGAAAAUAAUAUUUCUAUAGAUCCUAAGUCAUUUUGGAUGUUUCUUCAUAACAAAAAAGGUAGCACACGUAUUCCUGGCUUAAUGCGCUAUGAUGACAGAGAACUAUCAUGUCCACAAGCUAUAGUUAACGCUUUUGCUCAUCAUUUUAGUAAUGUUUAUAUAAAGUCCGAUUGUUUAGCUCCUUUUUGCACUACGAAUGAAACAGCAGCUCAGCUUUCAAUUACUAUUACUUCACUGUCUGAAAAAGAUAUUCUUUUGGCCUUAAAAAACUGUAAGAACACAUUUACAUCCGGUCCUGAUGGCAUUCCUAGCUUUCUACUCAAGGACUGUGCAUAUAUCUUUGUGACUCCAUUGCUUAGAAUAUUUAAUCUUAUUCUCAAAGAUUGUCAGGUAUCAGAACUUUGGAAAAAAUCCUGCAUUACUCCCAUAUUUAAGUCUGGGGAUAAAGCUGAUGUAAAGAACUACAGGUCCAUAAGUUUAUUACGUAAUUUUGUGAAGAUAUUUGAAUCAGUAAUGUAUAAGCUAAUUUAUUCAUCUGUGAAAUCUUUUAUAACACCAUACCAACAUGGUUUCGUUGAGAAGAGGUCGACUGUGACGAAUCUGGCUUGUUUUUCUCAAUACGUAUCUCAGUUAAUCGAUAGUAGAAGUCAAGUCAACGCGAUAUAUAUGGACUUUUCUAAGGCCUUCGACCAAAUCGAUUACUUUAUUCUCCUAGACAAACUGCGCCAAUUUGGCUUCUCUGAGUCAUUACUUAAAUUAUUCAAGUCGUACCUUAUUGGUAGAGUGCAGUCAGUACGAUAUCGUAACUUCUAUUCAGAAAUAUAUUCACCGACAUCUGGAGUUCCUCAGGGAUCUAAUUUGAGACCACUUUUGUUCUUAUUGUUUAUUAACGACAUUGUUGAACAUAUAUCUUCCGAAAAGUUGUUAUUUGCAGAUGACUUGAAAUUGUUUUUUGAAAUUAACACCAUUGAUGAUUUUUCGUAUACUAAAAAACAGGAACCUAUUAUCUUCAAUUAUAAUAUCGAUGCAGUUACCCUAAAUCGUGAAGAAAAGUAUAAAGACCUUGGAAUCACCUUUGAUAGUAGGCUAAUGUUUAAUGAUCAUAUGACAGAAAUAGUGUCAAAAGCUUACAGGAUGUAUGGUUUCAUUUACAGAAAUUGUAAUGAUUUUCUCAACAUCUCUACUCUUUGCAAUCUGUAUUACGCAUUAGUUAGAUCUCAACUUGAAUACGGAAUCCGAUCGGUUCGAUUCAAUCCGACUAGUUUGUCGGAUCGAAUUUUGAUAGUGAAUCCACUUCAACAUUCGAUCUGCAGCGUUUAUACCAUUAGUUUCAAUCGGAUCGAACUGAGUCGAUCGGCUCGAAAUCCACGAUAUAAACUAAAUUCCAAAACUCACUGCUUCCGACGAUGGUCUCUAUUUAAAACCAUAAAUUCCUUUCUCGAUAGUUCGCCGUCAUCGCAGAACCGCUUGUUUAGUCGAACGCCGCGGCGUCCGGCCGCCGUCACCGAUGAUGAAGUGUCCAUCACCGCCAUACAUACUAGAAAGCUCUCUAGAAAACCCAUAGGCGUCGUACCGUUCUUAAUUUAUAAAUGA